CUUUAUCUAAAUCCGAGAUAAAUAAAUAUAAAUAUAUCUAUAUAUAUAAGGUGGUGAUAAGAGGAGGUCGCAAAGCACUCGAGAUUACGUGCGAUAACCGCGCAAACACCUGUUCACAGCUGCAGGUGUCGUAACGUCGUCAUCGUCGUAGGUGUUGUGUUCUUGUGUAUUCUGUGGUCGCGUGGUGGAGAGAUGAGAUGAGAGACGCGGUGGACGUCGGUACCGUCGUGUGAAAAUAGUUGUAAUGCAAAGAUUGCCCGCGAUUCAAGUGAACAGUGUCGCGAUGGUUUCGGUGGAGCAAGUGGCAAGUGUCCAAGAGGAACACUCUUCCGUGGUAACAAUGCGGAAGAGCAGAAGCGAUACGUCCGAGGCCGGAAGCGAUGCGUCCGAGAAGUCGAAUUCGCACCACAGCCUUGGCAGAUCUUUAAGAUGGAAGCUUUCCAGGAGGUGGGUCAACAGAACCAUCCUCAUAAGAUCGCGAAGCAUAGACCCCGCUUACGGUUCCAGGCGAUCUGAUGACGAGGCUGAAAAGGGACCGAAGGCCAGAAGGGCCGUCUCCAUGAGUCCCUUCGCCAAUAAACGGAUUCAAAUUCCACCGUGUCCGAGCCCGUCUCUGCUGGCCGAGGAUCCUCCGAGCAGCGAGAAUGUCAGCGAUCUGGAAGACGUAAGGGGCCCGAACGAUCCCGCGCUCCUAAAUGGGUAAGCCAAGGACAGAAAUAGUAAUAGUUCGCAAUGAUUGAUAGAGAAACGAAAGUGUUCGGUGUUCUCUCAACCUCCACACAAAACAACAUACAAAACAACAUACUCAAAAAAAAACACACACAACGCAAACAAAGAGGAGAGUAGUCAUGGUAACCCAAAUAAAUAAAUUACUCUUCAGAUUGACGCAGAAUUCGGUGCGUUGCGAAAACUCGAGGCGAUCGGAAAGUGAGAGUGGGAAACUAGUUUUAGAGAAACGGGGGGGACAAGGACGACAGCCUCCGAAAUGUACCAGAACGUGCGUGUUGUCGCCGUCUACGAUAGACCAAUAUAUCAAAUCGAAAAAAAAAAAAUGAAACGCAACAAAAAAAAACGUUAAAAUUUAUAGCGAUAUUUUAAUCCACUUUGAUAUAAUCACGUUUCGGACUCAGUCGAAAACGCGUCUGUUUCUUAGUCCAAGUUCUGUUAUCCUGCGACGCCGACGACGAAAUGGACGAGGACGACCGCAGGAGGCGCUUCAGUUUCCCGGCGAUGCGGGUUUUCGUAUUUCCCGCGCGUCGCAUUUUCCGCCGGCACUCCACACCGAACGGAUACAAGUAAGCCACGAACGAAAAAAGAAAAGAAGAAACAAUUGAAUUUAAAAUAGACUUUCCACACUUAAUUAACGUCUCUGCUGUAUUUGCGUUUUUUCAUAAAUUAAACCGUCAAUCACGACAGACACACGGCAAGAAAUGACCGAACAGGUGGAUCCAAUUCAAAAGUUAAGUUGGCGUAAUUGAACGAGUGUCAGUUUAUUAAUGAUCGGAAAUAACAACGACGAAAUGAAACAAAAGAAAGUUAAUUUAACAGCUGCGGCGGUAUCGAGUGACGUUUGCUUGUCAGUUUAUCGGAGA